UUGUCUGGCGGCGGCGCGUGGUCAAAAUAAUCAUGUCUGCUGCCGACUGCUCUGCUCUCUCCCUAAUCCUUCAUUAUUUAUUCUUUUUACCCCACUCGAUUAAUUUAUUCUAUGACAAUAAAAGUUCCAGCACAAAUUCGAGUAAGGAGCAAUAACAAUAGACACUAUUUACUGUUUAGAUUUCAUUUCGAUGGCCACUUCCUGUUCAAGCUACUCCAUACCUCUUAAAAGCAUUCAGAAAGGUGAGCUCUUCUCGUCUCGUGAUAAACUGAGAAGCAGCGGCAGAGAAAAACCGCGACUGAAAUUCCACUUCCGGCCGCGAAAACCGUUAGAUGGGUGCAACGCAGGAAUUCUGCAACGGUCUGUGGUUAAAUGCAAUGUGUUUAGCGACACAGAAAGCGGCGGCGGCUUGGACGAUACUUAUGGUGCGGUGGAUGACAAGCAGUUUGUGCGAUGGUUUCGUGAGGCGUGGCCGUACUUGUGGGCCCACAGAGGGGCAACCUUCAUCGUUAUUAUCUCCGGCGAAAUCAUCUCUGGCCCUUUCUUGGAUCCUCUUCUGAAGGACAUUGCUUUUCUUCAUCACUUGGGAAUCAAGUUCGUUCUGGUUCCCGGGACGCACGUGCAAAUUGACAAGCUUUUAGCUGAGAGAGAAUGGAAUUUAUUGACUUGGGAGUUGGUAUUGUUCUUCAGUGACCUUUAUGAGGGAACCCGAAUGGCCAAGGUGACAGAUCUGGCUGGAAUAAGAGAAAUAAUACAACCUUUGGAGGAAUCUGGGACAUUGGUACAUAGAACUGAUGGCGAGCUACUUAAAGCCUUGGAUUCACUCAUUGUUGUGGAAAGAGAAGGUCAAAUUAUUGCUUGUGCUGCUCUUUUUCCUUUCUUCAAGGAGAAGUAUGGGGAGGUUGCUGCUAUUGCAGUUUCCCCUGAAUGCCGUGGACAAGGACAAGGAGAUAAAUUACUUGAUUACAUAGAGAAGAAGGCAUCCUCACUUGGAUUGGAGAUGCUUUUUCUGCUGACAACUCGUACUGCAGACUGGUUUGUGAGACGUGGCUUUGAAGAAUGUUCCAUUGAAAUGGUACCAGAGCGAAGGAGAAAGAAGAUCAAUUUAUCUCGUAGGUCCAAAUAUUACAUGAAGAAGUUACUACCUGAUAUGAGUGGAAUUACUGUUGAUCGAAUAAAACAUCUUCGUUGAGGUAAGGGAGCAUAGAAUAUCGUUUGGCAGUGACUGAAGCGACUAUCUUUCAGUGGUGGCUGAAGCGGCAUAAUGCUAAAGCUACAAAAACAAGGGCUUCUAAGAGAUGUAAAGCAUCUACCGUAAAAUUAUAAGGUUGAUGCUAACUUUUAGGCCUUUCGUGGUCUUCAUGAUAAGUAUUAUCCUUUUCCUGGAUUAUUUACUAGAGAGGUGAUAUGUUCCAUGACUCAGAGAGGAAAUGUAAUUAUGGUUUUAGAUAAGAAUUAUGAAAAAUUAUUAUUCGUUUUAGAAUGUUUAUUUGUGGACGUACGUGGGUUGGACCUAAUUUUUUUACCUACUCACCCAAACUUCGGUUAGAACUUUCUCUC